UAUAGAUGCGAGCACCUGUCAUAGUCAAAUUGCAGCUUAUGACAACAGCAGUAAUUAACAACCAAUGAAAAUGUGACAAAUUUCAUUAUGUUUUCAUCAGCCACUGUAUCCGAUGAUUAAUAACAGGAUUUCUUCUCGAAUUUUAGACAUUAUUUAUAUAAGUAGUACCCAUGUUGAGUGAUUGGUUGCAAAAUGCUUGGACUACCCUGUUCUUCUUUCUGAUACGUCCCAUGUGGAAGUGGGUUCUACGAAGAGCAACAGGAAAAUGUGAACUUCUGCGUAUUACUUAUGAAGAAAGAAAGGGGGCUAAAAGAACUCUCAAAAUAGAGAGAAGUCUUAAACUUUCGAAUGUUCCAUAUCUUCAUCAGCUCAGCAAGGAAGAGGAUGUGGAUAUUCUUGUAGCCGCUGAAGAGGUUAUGAGAAUUAAGCAGAUUGUGCCAGAGGUUCACAUGAAAUUUAGGGGAGAUUUUCAAAAUUGCCUGUGUCAAAUAUGUGGAUACAAAAGAUUAACAAGAGAAGUGGAAAUGAUGAGGAAGACACCAUAUUCCCAAGAAAAUCCAGAACAUGAAGAAAAAUUAAUGAAGCUAUGGGAAAUCUUAAUGCCAGAUGAGAAGUUGGAAUCCAGAAAAUCCAAACAGUGGUCUAUUAUAGGAUUUCAAGGGGAGGAUCCAAUGACAGAUUUCAGAGGCAUGGGUAUUUUAGGCCUCAAUCAACUUUUGUAUUUUGCCAUACAAUAUUCUGAUCAGCUAAAACAUCUUCUCUCUCGAUCUCAUCAUCCUAAAUAUGGAUACUCCUUGGCAAUUGUUGGUAUCAAUUUAACCAAUAUGAUUUACCAAGCAUUAGUGAAUGGACCGCUACGCACUCACUUCUACAAUAUAGCAGAAAAAGCACCAAGAAUCCAAGAUUUCCAUGAGGUUUAUUGUCAUGUGUUCUGGGAAUUUGACAAGUUUUGGUUUGACGAAGAGCCAGUUGACAUCAUGCAGUUUGGGCCAAUGAGGGACAAAUUUAACCGAAAACUGUUACAUAAACUGUCCAAAAGUCAGACCAUUCUACAGUCUGAAUUUCAAAAAAAGGAAUAAAAUUGUGUUCAUUUGCGCAUAA